AUGCAACUUCACUCAACUUCUGUAGAUAGUAGUGAACUUGAAGAGGUUAUAGAUGAUUUAGCUCAGUAUGAAGAAGAUAUACGAGUUAAACUUCUACCCUUUAAGAAGCAAAUUGCUAAAAACAAGCUGAUAGUAGCUUCUGCUGCACGUACAGAUCCUGAGUGUAGCAACUGCGUCUCGGUGAUAAGAGGUGGGGAUAUAUAUGUCCGUUCCAAGGCAACAGCAGCUGUAAUAGACUUACGUCCCGACAGUAAGCUUCAUCCAGACACAACAGCCUUCUGGCUCCAGGCACCACAAUACAUCUCGUUCAGGUACUACUACACACCUGCACCCACCUCAGUGCACACCUAUACGACACACCACACCCCACGUGCAGAAGGAGAUAGAUUUCGAGCAGUUAUCAGCCUCACCAAAGCGCACAGCGUUUUACGGUCAACUGUUAGCGUCUUCAACAUGACCAAGCAGCUGCUGCUGGUGUCUCUCUCGGUGGCGUGGGUGGCGGCGCUGCUCUGCGGCCUCGCUGCUGGAGUCUGUGAGCCAGACUGUAGUUCCUUACCAGCUUUGAGUAUGGUUGCUGAUCCUCUCAACUGCACUCAAUAUUACGUUUGUUUAGCAGAUGGCACGCCCUCGGACUCUCCUGAGGCUUGUCCACCUAAUACAUCCUUCAACGCAUCGGGAACACCCCCAGGUUGUACUGCUCCGACACCUUGUGAGCCUCCCUGCCAGCUACCACCUAACUGCACAUAUCAAUGUGGCACAGGCGUUGGUGAGAUCUUUAACCCGUAUGAUUGCAACACCUUCUACGUUUGCAUGGGAGUUGACCCUGUGGGGCCUUUUGAAUGCCCCGUGAAUAUUCCCUACUUUAACGGAACAUUUUGCGUCCCGCAAAAGGAGUCGUGCUGCACGGACCCCUGCCUUGCUUUCUGCUUUGAAGCGAAUAUUGAGAUUCCCGACCCCUACGACUGCACCAGAUAUUUUAUAUGUGACCAAACAGGGCUAGCUGCUGAGGAGGCACAUAAAACCUGCGCUUCAGGUUCUAAUUUUGACCUAACCACGGGUCGCUGUGUGGCUGGCGCCCCUUGUAACAUACUGUGUGGUAAGACUACGGCCCCCGGGGGAAGUACGACCAUUCCAACUCCUAACUGUGAGGAAUCUAUGACGUGCACGGAAGUGGGGUUAUUCCCCAAGUGCACUACAUGUGACCAGCAGUUCUUUAACUGUCUCAACAUUGGUCAGUCAGCCACCGUUCAGACUUGCCCAGAAUCCUAUGUAUUUAACACGGAUCCCGCCUAUCCUUACUGUGUUUUACCCACUGACUGCCCCCACCACCCACUGUACAAAGUCCACCAACCACUGCAUUAAGCUCACCACCCACUGAACUCACUCCUCCACCCACUCAACUUAUGCUACCAAUUACCUGGAAACAAUUGGUGUGACAUGCCUCCUAUCAGGACCAAUAGAUACUCCCACCACCUAUCCGGCACUAAUACCCUUCCCUGGGACCAUUAUCUACCCUUGGGUCCCUCAGUUGUACUUAUAUCUACUACUAACAGUAGUGCAACCUCCUGCACCUGGCACACUGCACCUGAUGUUGGUGCAAACAAUGCAGGCCAUACACUUAUUUUUUUUCCCUUGACGGAAAAACAUUAAUACCUUAAAUCAAAUGUGUAUAACUUGAAGCUAAUAUUGUAUACACUUGAAAAUAAUAAUGCGUAACGUGCUACAAACAAUAUGUAAAUUAAAUGAAAUUACGUAUGACUUGUAGCAAAUAAGAAUAACUUGUAGCUAAUAAUGUAUAACGUGUAACAAAUAAUGUAAUAAGUAUUUGUCUUUGUAACAAAUACUUGUAACAAAGCAUAACUUUCAGCAAGUAAUAUACAAACGAAAGAAAAUAAUGUAUAACCGUUAAAAAGGUACGUAUAAUUGGAAAAACUUAAUUAGUUUUCAUAAAAUAAACAUACCAAACAUAA